AUGCAUAAAAAACAAAUGGCACCGGAAGAACAGGUCGAUAAUAAUAUAGAUCAAGCACCUUCCCUAGAUGAAGGAGAAGAGGUAUUGAAAAAUCUACCUUAUUUUACUAAUUAUUUUGAACUUCCAGUGAAUAAUACAGAUUAUAUUGCAAGGAAAAAUUUCGAUCUAAGAAAUGAAUAUCUAUUGAAAAAAUAUUAUUCUUAUAAAUCUGCUACACCAUAUAAUAAUGUUGAAAAUAAUAAUACAGAAGAUGGCUCUCUAAGGAAGAAUAGUAUUACUAAUAUAUCUGACACAACAUCAAGUAUGAAAGAUAUAUUCAAAUUAAGAAAAAUUAUUGAUAAAUUUUUCGAUGAUUCAGAUAUUAUAUUGGAUGUUCAUGAUCUAGAGGAGAUAGAAAAAUUUGAAAAUGACACCGAGAUUGCUAAAAAAUUAAAUAAAGGUUCAGAUUCGAAUGCUACAUCUAGAAUCUCAGAAAACAAAAAUGAUGAAAACCAUAUUUCAACCAACAAGAACUAUAACCGUGAUAGCUCUGCCAUUGAAAGAUUAGAAGCUAUAGGUGCAAAAUGUACCUCUUCGUACUAUAAAUACAUCGAACGAUUAGAAACAGUACGACAAGUUGAUAAUAUAUCAUUGUCAAGAUACAAUGUGUGGAUGCCUGCGGUUAGGAAAAAUGCAGCUUGUUCUUUAUCUACUAACGGUGAGAAAUCUAUAUAUGAAUCUAAAACAACUCCAUUAUUUAUUAAAGGGACCCAAUAUUUGUCUGAUGCAGCAGAUCCAUAUGGCGGUAUGUCUGUAAUGCCAUCUUUAUUUGGUGAACAAAAACUUCCCAUGUUAGUAUAUCAUUGUGCUGUAACAACUGGAGAUAACGUUUAUAUGUUAGGUGGCCUAAUGGCGUGUUACCUGUAUGAUGAAGAUGCUCCAAGUUUGAAAGAUUUUGAAGUUAGCGGUGUUAAAAAUUUACCUCCUCCACUAAUUCCUGAGAUUAUUAACUGUCCAUCGAUGAUAUCUAAUCCAUAUUUAUAUGUUUUGUCAAUGUCAUCAAAACAUUUAAGCAAGCCAGAAGUUUCCGGCCAGGUUCCACCUCCUUUGAUCAGUGCACAAGGUAGCAAAAUUACUGAGAGACAUAUAUUCAUAUAUGGUGGAUUCGAAAUUAAAACAGUUGCUACUUUUGGUAAAAAUGGUAAAAUUCAUUUAUCUAAGACAGCAUUUGUAAAUGGAUCUGGCUAUAUCUUAGAUAUUGUUACUUGUAAAUUUACAAAGAUUGAAAUUCUAGGUAGACCAUAUGGUGGGUUUAACUAUCCGACUGUUAAAGCUAGGUUCGGACAUGCACAAGCUGUUGCUAAUAAUCAAUCGAAUUUAAGCACAACCGUUAGUAACACUGUAUCGAGAGUAGAAAAGAGUGAAUCUCAAUCAACCGCCAAUAUGGAUGUCAAUGAAUUAAGAAAAUAUGUUGAAUCUAGAACAUUCAAUUCAAGGGGAAACUCUCUUCUCACUUCCAUUUGCUCAAUUUAUAUAUUUGGAGGAUAUUCUCAAACCACAGAUGAUUAUUAUUGUACUAUGGAUGAUAUGUGGAAGAUUGAAAUCACAGUCGUGUCAAAAGGAAAAUUAGGAUAUUUGAAAUUUUCUCCCUCUGCAUAUGCUACAAUGAUAGAAAAACCUCAAGAUAGUGGUUUAUGGCCAAGUAAAAGAGCAUUCCCUGGUUUUGUUGUGCCUCCUGUACAGUUAUCUUCGGAGGUUGAUUUUGGAGACUUUGAAACAAGACUAUUAGAGAGACUAAAAAGCUCAUUUCACGUUGAAACUAAUUUAUUUGAUAAUGAUCAAAAGGAAGAUUCACCAAUAUUAAAGGUACAGACAUCUAAUACUGAAGAAAUGUCGAUUUCAAGUCAUUUGACUGGCUAUAGUGAAGGUAUGCAAAAGAAAUCAUCUCCUUCUUGUCUAUCCUUAUAUUCUAAGAGGAAUGGUAAAUUAGAAAGUGAAUCUAACAAAGGUAAAAUUUUAAUUAUCCAUGGUGGUUCUGACCAUACUAAUGUAAUUGGAGAUAUGUGGUUAUUUAAUUUUACUAAAGAAACUUGGGAACAUGAACAUUUUUUGAUUAAAAACCCACAAGAGGAUCGGUACAAGGCGAUUGAUAUUCCUCUAGUUGGUCAUACUUUGACUUUUAUCGGCUAUUCGGCGGUGUCAUUUGGUGGUCUAACUCAAGACGACAUUAAUUCAGUUUACAAUUUAGGAGAUGAGGCAAAAGUAGGCGGAGAUCAUGAAGGGCUGGCGUUGGGAAGUAAUUUGGUGAACUAUAUUAAUUUAAAGACAUUUCAAUUAGAAUCAAAGGAACUAAAACUCGUUGCAGGUACUGAUGAAUAUAAGUUAGUGAGAGAUAAGACAGUAAAUGCAAGAAGUACUGUAUUGGCAAUUGGAUGUAUAGUAGCGAUGAACAAUGGUUCAUAUUUGCUAAUAGGUGGUGUAUUAGCAGAAAGAUCUAAAUUAUCCAAAUUCUACUUGAGAGGUGCCGCUGUCUCUUUGACAUUACCUGCAAUGAGCAUCAUGGCAUAA